AUGUUGUUCCGGUUGUUUCUAACACAUUUCGUCUUUCGUGACUCGACUUAUCCAAACAUCACUGUCACAAUUGAUAACAGAUAUUGUUGUACAUCAGUCUGAUGUCUAGUUUCUUUCUCAAAUUUUGUUACGACUACAGACCCAAAUGGACUCCGCUCGGUCCUAUUUGGCUUACCGAUGACCAAUGGCGCAGCAAAUUUUAUUAUUGUGUUAAUUGUAUGCGUUAUAUGCUAUUGUAUGUUUAGUGGUCAACUCACGCCUCGCCGAGAGAACGUUCAAUACAAAGCUGCGAUAGAUUAAUUGAACGUCGACGCAAAAACUCGCCGACAGAGACGUCUCUAAUAGGAAGAUUUUUGGCAUGUAUCUACAUUCUUAUGGUUGUUUGGGUGUUUAUUGUUGUUAUUCAUUUUGUUGUGGUGGUGAUGGGUGUUGUUGGUUUUGUUGCUUUGAUGGUUAUUGUUGUUGCUGUAGUUGUGGUUGUUGGUUUGUUGUGUGUUAUACUGGUUGCAUCCAGGUUAAGUAAUUCUCCUAGAUUCACAUCUUGCUUAUUGGUCACUUAGCUUAAAAUAUUCAGCCCGUAUCGUGUACACUUUGUUUUUGGUCUCUUUCUCUCUCUUUAAGGCGGCUAUUCUCCAUCAUGUCGUACUUUUCUUCUUCUACAACAUAAUUCCUGGACUUCUCUCUGCUUCUAUGCGAAUUGUAAAGGGCAUGCUUUUAAGAGUGAUUUUCUUCUCUCGUAUCGAUCGAACAUCACUGGUGCAGGGUUUCCAGGCUUGGGACAAAGGUACGUAGCACGCACCCAGUACAAGCAAUUUAUAAGUGGCAGAGGCUAUGUGAAGUGAGAUAUACAACAUACAGACCUAUUCUGCUGCCAAGUUGCUAACUAUUUCCUAAGACAGCUUUUAACCAAUUAAUUAAUGUCUUUAAGACUUCGGCGACGAAAGGAAGGUCGAGCAGAAAUUCUUUAGUGACAAGAUCCAACAAAUUGCCCAGAACGCAGCAAACGGUAGUGGCUUCGUAGCGAUUCGUAAUAGCUUCACGUCUAAUUGUUCGAGAGUGUUGCACGAGAUUUAAAGAGUUCUCAUUAUGCUAACUAGAGCAUAACCUAUGGGAUCCUUGACAACCUUCGGCUCUCACUUCAAAGUUUCUUAAUUUUCUCUCUAGCUUUUGUCGCAUACCUUGGUUUUGUGACUGUGCUGGUUGCCCACAGACAACCCGUGAUGCUGGUGUUCUGUCAGUUGCUUAUUGACAGACAAAAAGAUCAUCAGCUCCUGGAAGAGCAUAAGUAAACUGUCUCCAGAAUCACGACUCGGCUGGGAUGAUGCAUUCCUAGGAUUUUGAUUUGCUUGAUUGAUAAUCAGACAGAUGAGCGUACGCACGAAUGGGCGGACAGACGAAUGGGCAACUGUAGCUUAGAGACAAUUGGCACGUUUGUUUCCCUGAUAAGAUCAAAACACAGCGCUGUAUAUGCACUUGCAACCGGCACUCAGCAAUCAAUCAGAAUACUAGAAAUGAUCUUUUCACGGAGGACAAGAAAUACAUAAUUUUCUUUUGUUAAGCGUCGUUAUUAGUGUGAAAUCGUGGAAAAUUAGGCAGAAAACGUACCCCAUUCCCCAAGUCAGAUUUGAUAAAAAAUGGGUAACAUUGAGAAGAAACUUACGAUGCGAGCUAUGUUCGGUUGGUUACUAUUCAUUUUCAUAUCCAUUCUGUGGUCACGCGGGAAUAUUGAAAGUUAGCCUUUCUUUUUGCCACUUUGCACAGUUUUUGAGCAAGUAACUAAAACGACAAGCCAAGCCGACCUUUAAAAAAGUGAUUGCAUUCUGGGUGAUAUAGAACAGUUUCAAAGCUUUUCAUUAGGAAAAAAAAGAAACAUCCCUACGUGUGUAACCUUUUUUUCACCUUGAGUCUAAAGUGCUUAAGUAUUCCGUUCUUAACGUUAAAAUUAGUUUUCAAGUACCGUGUUUCAAGGCAUCUAUUUUGUCGCCGGAUCUCCGACAGAGCCUGUAUAUUGUAGGUUUGGCAUCGAGGCAGGACGCUCUGAAACUUUGUAAUAUUUGUUUUAAAUGACUUUUCGUUGCCAUUCCAGAACAAUAGUAAAGGAAAAAAAAAAUUUUCUCUCUUUUGGCCUAAUUUUUUCUUUUGGCCUAUUUUCUCUAUUGCUAUAAUUCCUUUGUUGUCAUGAACUAAUUUUUUGAAGGUUAAUUAACUUGAAAUACUCGACAAAGUCCCUCCAGAUCUCGUCCAAACCUUUCAAACGCAGCUUAUAUUGCCGUUCCUCUCUUUUUGUCUUUCAGGCCCCGUCAGCCGCGCAUGUCUCAAAAGGCUGUCAACCGCUGGUUCCUGGCCGUGACUCUCCUACGCAACCCAUCUUUUAUCAAGUACCGCCGCUAA